GCUCAGCCCAAAUGGUGCAGCUCAUGCAUUCGCGGGUAGUCAGGCCCACGGUUUUCCUAGCCCAAGUUAUGCACCUUAAGUGGGCAGCCCAUAGUUUCUCUCCCCUUCGCGCCGGCGGUUAAGCUUGAUUGACAGUUCCAGCCUAAAGCCGUCCGUCGGAGUUGCUUGUCGAAGUUCGCUGGAGGAACUCGAAUUUGCCUCGCGUUUCUUCAUUCAUUCAAGGACGAGAGCCGCAAGAUGCCGAGAGAGACCAGCCCUGGCCUCAAAAUCCUCUGGAUAUGGACCAUUGGCACCGCGGCAGUGCUAGUUACGAGUGUGGUGAGGACGAGGAUGAGAGACAUGGAGCAGUUCAUGAACGCCGAGCAACAACCUCAACAUAAUCAGCAACAAGAGCCGCAGGAAACCAGCUCCGGCGAAUCGAUCGUGCUGGAUGACUCGCCGUCACCAACUCCCAGCGACGGAAUUGUUGAGGAAAUCAAGUCAUCAUAGGUUCUUAGUUUGGUUCUUCUCUGUCUUGGGAUUCUACUCUUCAGUGGGUUUUUGUCCCCGCGGUUUGCUACUGAAGGCAUGCCUUCUACCUGUUUGUUAAAUUUCCUGAAAGAACAUCCACGCUGUCUGAAACGAUGGUUUGUGGUGUUGUGUUCUUUUUAUGGCCGACGGAGGUUGUAAGUUCUGAUUGUGGAGACGCUAAACCAUGGCCUGGUUGCAGAUUCCUGAGCUAUUGAUCCCUAUUUGGAUAUGCUUUGCUUCACAAGAAAACACAGCUGACAUU